GUAUUGGAAAAACCCCAAAUAAAUAGAGUUGUGUUUGGACCGGACGGGCUUACUCAUCCUCUGCGUAGUUUCACCAUGAGCCAUCAUUAUCAUCAUCGUCGUCGACGAGACGAUUCUAGGGCUUCUUACCAGCUCUCCUCCAUGAUCGUCGACGUCCUCAGAAUCCCUCCCUUCCCGAUCCCCAUCCUCGCCUCCUCCCUCACCGCCGGAUCUUUCCCGUCCAAGCACAGCCUCCUCGCCCUCACCUCCAGUGCCUCUCCGGCGGUCUUCGCCUCGCUUUUCAUCGCGAUUUCCAUGGCUUUGAUUCUCUUCGGAACCAUCGCCCUCAUGAUUGGAUUCCUGUUGGUUCCUCUCCUCAUUACCGUGCUCCUUCUCUUCUACUUCUUCAACGUGGUUUCCAUUCUGUCCAAUUUUGCUCGCUCGCUGCUCUGCCCCUACCCUAAACAUGUUUCCGCCGUUUGGGAAUUUCCGUGCUGCUGCUGAAUGUACGAGAUUCUGGAGGUCAUUUCAUUACCACUACCACUUUUUUCUUUUCCCUUUCGAAUUUGAAGUUCUGGUAUAAUUGAACUUUAGAUGUUCUCUUUUUUGUCUGCUAUUAUAAUUUAGGGUUUUUUCUUUCACUUCAAUUGCAUAGUUUAAUCU